AUGACAAAUCUGGUUCGAUGGCUCUUCUCCACUACCCGCUUUACUACUUUCUAUUUUUUCUUAUGUAUUAAGUUUCCCUUAAUAUAUAAUUUGAUAUUACUUUCGAUUUGUAUAUUUUUAUUCCUUUGUCGUUUUAUAUUAUGCCUAAUACCAAUUUUCAAUCUUUUUAGUUCGUGCUUCGUCGGCUCCUCCUUUCUGAUCACUCUCCCGCCGGAGAUUCAAGACCCCCAGGCUCUAGCUCAUUUAGCAGGGCUAAACUUCUAUCUGAGUCUUUACGAGCAGGAUCCGGGAUGGGUUACGUUCAUUCAGAACGAGCUUAAUCACAAUACCCCCCUGGAAGACAUACCUGGGCGGCUUAAGCUCUUCCUAAUGGAAGAAAAGCUCUCUUCUAUGCGACAAGAUGUCAUUCAGGAAUUUGUGGCGCUUUAUCAAAGAGUAGGGCCUUAUCUACCGAUCGAGCCCUACUUGGUCGAUGAAGCGCUUCGUUCCUAUCUGGACCAUAUUCACGCAACUGAUUCUUUCACUGUUCUCCAAGCGUCUUAUCAAGAUCUGCGGGAGAAUGAGGGAGGAUCCGUUUUCUUUCGAAAUGCUGUUUCCCACAACCGGGAUCUCCUUGAGGCGGAAAGCUCCGCAAGGAGGUGCCUGGAAGUGGAACAGAGGAUCCGGUGGGAAGAAAUCCCCAAGAGCAAGGCAAGUCUCGAAAGAGCUGAGCACGAGCAUGCUCUCGACUUGUUUAAGUCGGAGGAUCUUAGAAGGGAAUUAGAAAAAAAAGAGCAGGAAUCGGCUGCGGCUCAGCCAAUAUCGGGGGACAUCGUAAUGGGUACUUCUGAACCAUCUGUCAAUCAGUCCCCCGCUACUUCUGAACCUUCUGUCAAUCAGGCCCUUCCUUCUGUCAAACAGGCCCCGGGUACUUCUGAACCAUCUGUCAAUCAGUCCCCUGCUACUUCUGAACCUUCUGUCAAUCAGGCCCUUCCUUCUGUCAAACAGGCCCUUCCUUCUGUCAAACAGGCCCCGGCAACUUCUGAACCUUCUGUCAAUUAG